AUGCCACUGGGAACCUCCUCCUCGGGGCUGGAGUGGGACGGCUGGCAGGGAUCGUCGCUGGCCUGGUCUCCUCCCUCAUGCUCCGCCGGGGAAGAGAGAGAUGGUCCUCCGCGAGGACGAUCGCUGCCUCGAUGUUGGCCGGGCGGUGGCACUGGACCCAAUUGGCUGUGGACGAUGCGGAGUGGGUCACCGGCUGGAGCCAGCGCCUUGCUGCGUCCAGGAGCGUAUGCAAAGGGGGCGCCCGGCUUCUUCAAAGGAGAGCCCCCUGAACCGCCGCCGGUGUCCCUCCGACAUACUGCCCAGCCGGUCCAGGAUGACUCUCCUGGACCGGCAGGGGAAGAAGCCGAAGUGCUCUCUCCUCCACCACACGCCUCUGCCGUGCCCUCGAAGAUGUCCAGGUAUGCCUCCGGGUCAUCUUCCGCGGUCAUCCGCUGCAGGGCGACGGGCGGAGACCGUCCUCGACCGGGCUCCGGGUCGGCGCCGUGGGCAGCCGGGCGUUGCAGCAGCAGCAGUCCCAGCUCCUCGCGGACAUUGCGGCGUCACAGCGGGACGAUCGUGCUCUCCUGCGGGACCCGGAGGCAUACCUGGACAUCUUCGAGGGCACGGCAGAGGCGUGUGGUGGAGGAGAGAGCACUUCGGCUUCUUCCCCUGCUCACCGGCGUGGCGCAGCUGGCCGCGCACAGCCUGAGGAGAGUCAUCCUGGACCGGCUGGGCAGUAUGUCGGAGGGACACCGGCACCGUAUACCGGUAUGUAUACAAGGGGGUACACAUCAAGCUCUGCUGGAUUCUGGUUGUGAACAGACCAUGAUCCAUCAGCGCUUGGUUCGACCGGGGGCAUUGUUAGAGGCAUCGUGGGUGAGGGUGAGUGGUGAGGCGGAGGUGCCGCAUCCCGACGCUGCUGGGGGGGGGGCACAGAUGGCGCCCAUGGAAGAUUUUCCCCUAGCACAGUCUCGGGAUGAGACCCUCCGCCACGCCUUUGACCAAGUGAUGGAAAUUGAUGGUUGUCCGGUUCACCCUAAUGCAGCACUCUCUCACCCCUACUUUGUUGUCGUUAAAGACCGUGUAUACAGAGUGAGUCGUGACGCUCGAACAGGGGAAGAGCUCUCCCAGUUGUUAGUCCCAAAAAGCCGCCGAGAAACGAUUUUCCAGGCGGCUCACCACAACCCCAUGGCGGGUCACCUCGGAUAUGAUAAGACACUGAACCGGAUCAUGGCCCGAUUUUACUGGCCGGGCAUUCGGGCGGAUGUAAGUCGGUGGUGUGCAUCCUGCCGCGAAUGUCAAUUAGUCAACCCUCCGGCCACCCCAAAAGCGCCCUUGCGCCAAUUACCAUUAAUGGAGGUCCCUUUUGAUAGGCUUGCCAUGGACCUCAUCGGGCCAUUAGACCGGAGCGCACGGGGAUAUCGCUUUGUAUUAGUUCUAGUGGACUAUGCAACGCGAUAUUCCGAGGCAGUACCCUUGCGCAACAUCUCGGCGAAGAGUGUUGCACAGGCACUGUUUCAGGUCAUCUCCCGAGUUGGGAUCCCGAAAGAGAUCCUGACUGACCAGGGCACAUCGUUUAUCUCCAAAUUACUCGCCAAGUGGCAAGGACCCUUUGUGGUCACACGGCGAGUGGGGGAUGUUGACUAUGAGGUUGUGCGUUCUGACAGGGGUGGAGCAACACAGAUUUACCACCUUAACCUCCUCAAAGCCUGGAGGGAGGUGGCGUCUGUUUCUCUGGCCACCACGGUGAUCGAGAGAGAUGAGCUGGGACCGGAGGUGACUAAAUUAAACAGGUCGACGCCGGUCCCCGUUGACGAUCAUCUCUCGCCAGGCCAGAGAGCAGACGUGGCCUCGUUGCAGCGGCAGUUUGCCGACGUGUUCUCUCCCCUGCCGGGACGCACAAACCUCAUACACCACCACAUAGAAACUUCCCCGGGUGUGACAGUGCGUUCACGAUCCUAUCGCCUGCCGGAACAUAAGAGGAAAACUGUUCAGGCUAUGUUAGAGAUGGGAGUAAUAGAAGAGUUUCCCAUCAUUUGGAGGGAGAAGCAAGAGAAGAGAUCAAGUUUCGCUCGGCUGCAGAGCGAGGAGACCCAACUGCGAGCGGCUAAUGGCUUAGCGAUUCCAUAUAUCAGCUAUGUAGAGCUUGAUGUGGAACUCUGUGGGAAGGUGAUGCCCCACUGUGGGAUCCUUGUUGUUAAGGACCCCCCUGGCAUUGAGUCUUCUGUCCCGGGGAUCCUUGGGAUGAAUGUGAUUCGUCGAUGCUACCGCGAACUGUUCGGUGCAUAUGGUCCUUCUCUUUUUGAUUCUCCUUUCAUUUCACAAGCACCUGGUCCGGUCGUUGCAGCCUUACAGAGGUGUCACCAGUCGUCCACUCAUGGUCCUGGGGGCCCUACUGGCAGGGUGAGGGUCCUCCUUCACCCACGCACCAGCCUUGGCAUCCUGAGCACUGCCCAAGUCGUCAGCCUACCUGCUGGUGUGACUGAAGUGGAGCCUACUUUGGUGACUAUCUCUUCCCAAGCAGCUGCUCCUUCAGUACCAAGUAGGAUCGAGUCUUUUGAUUUGUCCACAUUGCCUGAGCAAGAGCAGGCAGACGUAAAGUCUCUGCUGUACAAGUACCAGUCAGUCUUUUCAGCCCAUGAUGGUGACUUGGGCUGUACCAACCUAAUUUCCCACGAUAUACCGCUCCUUGAUGAUGUCCCAGUCAGGCAGAGAUAUCGACGCAUCCCUCCAUCCGAGUACGAGGCAGUGAAGGCGCAUAUCAAUCAGCUUCUUGAGUCUCAGGUCAUUAGGGAGAGCUGUAGUCCCUACGCGGCUCCCAUUGUCUUGGUGCGAAAAAAGGAUGGGAGUUUGCGUAUGUGUGUGGACUACCGCCCCCUAAAUAGCAAGACAAGGAAGGACUCCUUCCCUUUGCCUCGCAUUGAGGAGAGCUUAGAUUCGCUUUUUGGGGCCCGCUGGUUCUCCACAAUUGAUCUGGCCAGUGGCUACAAUCAGGUUCCGGUGGUGGAGAAGGACCGGCCCAAAACCGCCUUCUGUACACCGUUUGGCCUUUUCGAGUUUAAUCGCAUGCCUUUCGGUUUGUGUAAUGCCCCAAGCACCUUCCAGCGGCUUAUGCAGAGGAUGUUUGGUGAUCAGCAAGGUCAGUCCUUACUGCUCUAUCUGGACGACAUUGUUGUCUACUCCUCUUCUGUUGAGCAACAUCUUCAGCGGCUGGAAAUGGUGCUUGAUCGGCUCCAAAAAGAGGGCCUUAAGGCAAAACUCGAGAAGUGUGUUUUUUUCAACAAGAGGUUGUUAUUUGGGCAUGUCAUUUCAAACCAGGGAGUUGCCACGGACCCCAAGAAGAUUGAGCCUGUGGCUAACUGGCGGCGCCCCACUCACGUUUCUGAGUUGCGUUCCUUUCUGGGUUUUGCCAGCUACUACCGGCGUUUUGUAAGUGGCUUUGCUAAGCUGGCGGGUCCUCUGCAUCAGCUGGUGGCUAAGUUAGCAGGCACAAGGUCAAUGAAAGGGCCAGGCUCGGCUCUGGGUGCUGCAUGGACCCCUCAGUGUGAGGAGAGCUUUGAGGCUUUGAAAUCAAGGUUGGUCUCAGCUCCAGUGCUAACCUAUGCUGACUUUUCACGGCCUUUUAUUCUGGAAAUUGAUGCCAGCCAUAGUGGCCUAGGGGCUGUCCUCUCACAGGAGACGGACAGCGGUGUGAGACCGGUGGCCUAUGCCAGCAGAGGUCUUCGGCCCACUGAGCGCAAUAUGUCCAACUACAGCUCUAUGAAGCUGGAAUUUCUCGCGUUCAAGUGGGCCAUGACAGAAAAGUUCAGAGAGUAUCUGUUGGGGCAUAAGUGUGUUGUCUUUACUGACAAUAACCCAUUAAGCUAUCUUCAGUCUGCCAAACUGGGAGCCACUGAACACAGAUGGGCUGCCCAACUUGCCGCUUUUGACUUUGAUCUCAAGUAUCGUUCAGGUCGCAGCAACAGAAAUGCGGAUGCACUGUCGCGGCAGUAUGCACCCGGUUCCCACCAACUUUCAAACUCUUUGCUGGGUACUUUGGUCCCCAGCAGCCUCCAGCAGGAUCCACCUCCAGCUCUUUUGGCAUCAGCUACCCAGUCUGUGGUCUCAGUUCUCCCCCUCCAGUCUGCGGCUGACCUUCAUUCAUUGCAGGAGGCUGACCCCCUCCUGAAAGAUGUACUUGUGUUCUGGCGGCGGAAGGCUCUACCCACCUCUGUGGAAAGGCGCCAGCUUCCCAAGUCAGCUUUGGCACUUUUCCGGCAGUGUGAUCGCCUAGUAGAGAAAGAUGGUGUUCUCUUUCAUAGGGUUUUCCGUUCAGAUGGGGGUGAAGAGGCUCUCCAGCUCAUCUUGCCUGCCGCCCUUAAGCAGGAAACUUUGCGUCAGCUUCAUCAAGAACAUGGCCACCAGGGCAUAGAGCGGACCACAGAGCUGGUCCGGCAACGUUGCUAUUGGUCAGGAAUGUCUUCGGACAUAAAGCAGUGGUGCCAGCGCUAUCAAGUCGCUAAGGACUCUGGGCACGGGUCACAUAGCUUUAUGGGCCACUUGCUUGCUUCCCGACCUAACGAGAUCUUGGCGAUUGACUUCACGUUGUUGGAGCCCUCUCGGAAUGGGUAUGAGAACGUCCUGGUCAUGACGGAUGUGUUCAGCAAAUUUACGAUGGCCAUCCCCACUCGGGAUCAACGGGCUUCCACCGUGGCUCAGGUCUUGAUCUCUGAAUGGUUUUAUAAGUUUGGUGUCCCGAGCCGCUUGCACUCAGACCAAGGAAGGAGUUUUGAGAGCUUGCUGAUUCACCAGCUUUGCCUUUUGUAUGGGGUUGUUAAAUCCCGUACCACCCCGUACCAUCCAGUGGGUAAUGGUCAGUGCGAGCGGUUUAAUCGAACUCUGCCUAACCUUCUUCGGACCAUUCCGGCCUCCCGGAAACGGGAUUGGGCUGCCUGCUUGCCACAGGUGCUCUAUUGUUAUAACACAACCCCUCAUCAGGGCACAGGCGAGUCGCCAUUCUUGCUUAUGUUCGGCCAGGAACCUCGUCUUCCAAUUGACUUUCUCCUGGGACGUGUCCAGGACCCAGUACCAGGCCAGGUGCAGGACUGGGUGGCUGAGCACCAGGCCAGACUCAGAGUUGCUUUUGAGGGUGCUCGUGAGAGGGUGUUGGCUGCUGCUGGCCGACGAAAAGAGCGGCAUGAUCAGCAGGUCCGGGAGGCUCCACUUUCAGUGGGGCAGCUGGUGUACUCGAGGGACCACAGUGUGAGGGGGUGCCAGAAAAUACAAGAUCUCUGGAGUUCGGUGGCCUAUCAAGUUGUGAAGGCCCCUGCUGGUGAAGGAGCAGUUUAUGCUGUGGCUCCUGUGAGUGAUUUGCAUAAAGUUCGUAAUGUGCAUCGGGACAUGCUAAAGGCUAUAAUUCAGCCCGAAGCUGCUGACCCUCUAUCAAAGAUGUCCUCUCUGCCUGCCCUGGCAGCACUGGAUGGUGAGUCCUCCAGUGACAGUGAACUGUGGUUCUUGGUUUCUGAUUCGGCUUGUCCACCACCUGGUGGUCAGUCUUGUUCCAGCAACAUCUUCAGCACAUGA